UGUCCGUUGCGUGUCUGUGUGUCUGUGGCGUGUCAGUGCGUGUCAAGGAGAUUAGUGCCUGCUGACAGUCAGCGGUCAAAACAAAAUGGCGGCGGGAACGACGGGAGUUUUGUUCGCUCGCAAAGAAGCUUUAAAUCGCCUCGAAACCGCUCUCAAAAAGUUCCCACCGCUGCUCGAUAGAGACUUCAUCAGCUGCGAGAGUGAAGGCAAAGUUUCAGACCAGUCAACAUCUGAAUUUCGUGUAUUACAGUGGAAUGUCCUAGCCGAUGCUUUAAGCACUUCAAGUCCAACUGAAAAUUUCAUUAAGUGUCCCCCAAACGCUCUCCAGUGGUCAAAGAGAAAACUAAGGUCUCUUCAAGGAGUUCUUUCCCAUGAUCCCGACAUCAUAGCCCUAGAGGAGGUUGACCAUUUUGAAGAUUACUAUUUACCAUCACUCCAAGAACUUGGUUAUGAAGGAUUGUUUGUAGCUAAGAAGGACUCACCAUGUCUCAAAUUCCCAAACAACUCGGGUCCUGAUGGCUGCGCUUUGUUUUACGACAAAGGAAGAUUCUCUCUUGCGAACCACAACGAUGUAGCGCUAACAGAUUGUAAUGGGCUUUCGACAAGUCAAGUUGCUUUGAUAGCCAACUUAUUCGAUAAAGUCCAAGGUAGGACUCUUUGCUGUGCUGUAACUCACUUAAAAGCCAAAGAAGACUACAAGGAUUUGCGGUACAGCCAGGGAGCUGAACUCUUGAAAACCAUUUCAGCUAGUCUUACGGAAGACAAGUCUGCCUUGGUGCUUGGGGAUUUUAAUGCCGAGCCAACAGAACCGGUCUGUGGACUGAUGGAAGAAAACCAAUACAUAUGCAUGAGAAAUGCCUAUGUCACUGCCACAGGAGGCCAUCCAGAAUUUACAACGUGGAAGUUUCGUCCUGACAGAGAAGUUAAGCACACCAUAGAUUAUGUAUGGCACACACAGAAUUUGGGUGUGACAGGAUGCUUAAAGGUUCCUGAGAGUGAUUGUAUACCUGAUGUCCGUCUCCCUUGUUUGCAGUAUCCAUCAGAUCAUGUUUCUUUAGUGUUUGACUUUUGUUGGGGAUAAGAUUUAUUUGCAAUUUGUUCAUUACAGUUGAUCUAUCUCGUACUAAUAUGUGCAUAGAAUAUUUACUAGUAGCACUUAACAAUAGCAAAAUUUCACAGGGUUUCAAAUUAUUACAAGCUCUUCGCUUACAUCCAAAGAAAAAUUUCAGUUAAUGGCGAUCAUAGACGCAUUACCUGCACAGUGGCGACAACAUUUAAAAACCUGCAAUAAUUUUUCAAAAAACUCUACGUUUUCCAGUAACGCACAGUUACACCUAAAUGGCCACAAUGUAAGCUUGGAUAAGGUCAUAUCCAAGAGCAUUUAUAAUGAAGUUCGCUCAAAGAACGAGAGUGUACCAACUGCACAGCUAAGGUAUACAGAGACAUACAGCGAGACACUGGAAUGGGAAGAGAUAUAUCGAAUUCAUUUCAAAGUAGCUAUUGAUUCUAGAUCCCGUGAAUUCCAAUACAAGAUAUUACAUAGAUAUUUAGCGACAAACAAGUUUCUCCACAAAAUUGGCCUAGUACCUUCGUCUCUGUGCACUUUCUGCAAAAAAGAAAGUGAGUCUAUCCAACAUCUACUAAUAAAAUGUGAAUAUUCCGACAGUUUCUGGAGAGAACUAAUUAACUGGCUAAACACGAUAGAAAUAAAAAUCGAAGCACUAUCAGAUGUUAACAAAAUGUUUGGACUUUGGAACAGACAAGUAGACUUUUAUCUUCUCAACCAUCUGUUGAUCUUAGCAAAACAACACAUUUACUCCUGUCGA